CUUCAGGCCUGGUGCUGCGUCACUCUCCGGAGUGGAAGAGUGUCUUUCUUGCAUUUCUUCUAAAUUUAGCGGUGACGGAUGGGAGAAAUGGCUCAUCGAUGACGGCGGGGGAGAGCAAGGCCGCGGAAACGCGCCACACAAUUCUGCUACUGUGAAUGACGAAGUAUUUUUAGCAGGUGUUGUCAUCUUGUAGUAUAAAGGGAAGACGCGCAAAAUGCAGUUGUACAGCAGCGCGCUAACGCACUACCCGGGCUCGUCGCGAAAAUUCAGAGUGACUGUUACGGCGACUGGCGGCAACACAGAGUUCGAAUCGAGUUUUAACGCCGUUAAGGAAAGCAACGCAGAAGGUUCAGGCGGGGAGAACUGGACAGACGCGAACAUGCCCGCGUUCUCGUGCUACGAGGCCUCGGUGAGGCCCGUUUUCUACACAUCCAAAGCGGAGAUUGUCAUCACAAGGCCGUAUGGUGUGGAGAAGUGUGUCCCUAUUCAGAUCAUAAAGGACAUGCCCACAACCUGCGAUGCUGUAAAUACACCUAGCGCUCCGUGUUCAGAGUACAAGCUUGAUCAGUCAGACGGCGAUUUGAGUAGUGACCAUCCUGAGCAGAGAAGGAGCAGACCAGACAUUUUUGAGGAUAACAGUAAGAUAACUGAGAGCAACUCACUCAAUUUUCACAGCUUGUUAAGAAGAAAUGAUUGUAGACUGCGUAAUGAAGAACUGGUAGGGUAUGUCCCUGACGAGGUUGAAACUACAAAAAGUUUUUCACAAAGUGUUCCAUUCACUUACAAAUGGGAAAACUCUUCUGAACUAUUCAAAAGCCAAAGUAACCAGAAAUGUCAGCAGAAGGAUGAAGAUGAAAUGUCAGAGGACCCAGUGUUGCAGCGGCAUGUACACCUGGAGCCUGCAAGCAGGAGUGACCUCAAUGAGAAAGUUAGCCAGUACCUGGCUGAGGUGGAGAAACAGAACAAAUACCUCCAGGAGAGUAAGAAGUACCGUUUUCACAUCAUCCCAGAUGGAAAUUGCCUCUACCGGGCAGUGUCAAAAGCAGCAUAUGGUGAGCAGUCAAUGCACAGUGAGCUAAGAGAGCACACAGUGCAUCACAUUGCUGACCACCUAGAUGAGUUCAGUCCUAUUAUCGAAGGUGAUAUCGGUGAAUUUCUAAUCAAUGCGGCACAGGAUGGUGCCUGGGCUGGCUACCCUGAACUACUGGCCAUGAGUCAAAUGCUGAAUGUAAACAUCUACUUGACCACAGGAGGCAGUCUGGCAAGUCCCACUGUCUCCACCAUGAUACACUAUCUGGGUGAGGAGGACUUGACAAAACCAGCCAUCUGGUUAAGUUGGCUGAGUAAUGGUCAUUAUGAUGUGCUGCUGGACUGCUGCCUGCCCAACCCGGAGUAUGAAGACUGGUGCCUGCACACACAGGUGCAACGAAAACGUGAUGAGGAACUUGCCAAGUCCAUGGCGGCUACUCUGUCCAAAAUGUACAUAGAGAAGAAUGGCGUUCAGUAGACUUUUUUUGUAGGAUUUAGUAAUUUGUACAACACAUUUCUGGUUCCAUAGUGUUGAUUUUUAAAAACUGUUGGCUCAAAUGACUUAAACCUUUCAAAAAUAGCUAUUUAAGUAUAUAUUUUUAAAUAUAUAUAUAUUUAUCUAUAUUGUUCUUUUUAAAAAACGGCUCUGCAGGCUAUAUAUUUCUGAGUACAACACAAAAUUGCCAUGGCACCCUUUUUUGUAAACCAGAGUUUGGUUUUGGGGCUAUUACCAGAAAUGUUGGUCACAUUGCAAAAAAUAUACAAUGUGACUAGUUAAAUGGGUUGCCAUGAUUUAGGGUUUGAUUUUUGAUUUGAUUCAUUUUAAUAGAGUUUUAUCAAUUGUAUUUUAAAAAGUGCAUUUCUGCAUGAUCAGAGACACUGAUACAAAGACACCCUUUCCUGUGGAAUACUGUACUGUUAUCCUCAUGCUGUAUUUUUUAAAAUAGAUUUUAAUGGGUUGCACUUCUGCUUCCUCAAAUAUUUUUUUAUUCCUUUAUUUAUUCACUUCUUGUGUGUGUGUGUGUGUGUGUGUGUGUGUGUGUGUGUGUGUGUGUGUGUGUGUUUGUGUGUGUGUACGUAUGUAUGUAUGUGUAAUUUUGUCCUUUAAAAUAAAUGAUACAUUUUUUUUAACCAGUA